AUGUGCUACAGACCAUUCUCAAAAGAUCCUAUUGUCACUUAUUACUGUUUGCUUCAUGCAUUUCAGAAAGGUUUAGCUGCUACACUCUUAGAUAUUGUCUCUGGAGUUGGAGAAGUGGGUGAUGAUAUCGAAAAAGCCAGGAAGCAUGCCAAAUGGAAGGCUGUGUACAUCAGUAAAUGCUUAAAAUCUGGCAAAGUCCCAGUUAGUGGUCCCGUUCCUAACACCGAUGCUGCUUCCAUUCCGAGUAUCUCUGGACUAGGAAAGGCAGAUAACUUCUUCAGCAAUUCACUAAAUGUACCCACUGUUUCAGUACCAGAGCCCUACAGCUGUGCUCCAGAACAACCCUCUAAACCUGAUUUACCUUCUGUCAGUGGAAGGAUUUCACCAAACAAAUGGUUCGAUAUAGAAAAGGAAAUCAAAUAUGCUUUAAGUGCUUCUAAUUAUCAGGAUGAAGUAACUACGGAGAAACAUCUUAUACGAGCUUUAACAUUACUUCGAGGUAAAACUGAAAAAUAUUAA